AUGUUCACCCUCCCCACCACCCGUGCUCUCGGAUCCGCCCUCCGUUCUUCCCAGGUACCUGCCGCGCGGAGAUAUGCGUCCGCUUUCCAGUCUUCGACUGUGACUUCGACCUUCAACGGGAAGAAGGGUGCCGAUGGAAAUUACAUGGUCACCCUUAUUCCUGGAGAUGGUAUCGGUGAGGAAAUCGCCGAAAGUGUAAAGCAGAUCUUCAAGGCUGCCAAGGCACCUAUCUCAUGGGAGGAAGUCGACGUUACACCUAUCCUUAAGAACGGUCGCACAGUCAUCCCCGAUAAGGCUAUUGCCAGUGUCAAGAAGAACACCGUGGCGUUGAAGGGUCCUCUCGCUACUCCCAUUGGUAAAGGCCACGUCUCGCUCAACUUGACUCUCCGCCGAACAUUCAACCUCUUCGCCAAUGUCCGACCAUGUGUCUCCAUCCCCGGCUACAAGACCGCAUAUGACAAUGUCAACACGGUGCUUAUCCGUGAAAACACCGAGGGAGAGUACUCGGGCAUCGAGCAUGAGAUCGUUGACGGUGUCGUCCAGUCCAUCAAGCUUAUCACAUACGAAGCUUCCGAGCGGGUUGCGCGGUACGCGUUCCACUAUGCGUCAGAGAAUGGGCGGGACAAGGUGACUGCUGUGCACAAGGCACCUAUCAUGCGAAUGUCGGACGGGAUGUUCCUCACUGCUUGCCGGGCAGUCGCAAAAGAUUACCCGAAGAUCGCCUACGACGAGGACCUCCUCGACCGUGUUUGUCUCCGAAUCGCCACCGACCCGACCCCCUUCGCCGACACCGUCAUGGUCAUGCCCAAUCUUUACGGUGAUAUCCUCUCCGAUCUCUCCGCCGGUCUUAUCGGCGGUCUCGGUCUCACCCCCUCCGGCAACAUUGGUCGCGACGCCUCCAUCUUUGAGGCCGUACACGGUUCAGCACCCGAUAUCGCCGGUAAAGGACUCGCCAACCCCACUGCGCUGCUCCUGAGUAGUUUGAUGAUGCUGAGGCACAUGAACUUGUACGAGAUCGCCGACCGGAUUGAGAAGGCUACUUUGGGGACGAUCGCAGAGGGCAAGGCUAUCACUGGUGAUCUCGGCGGAAAGGCUAGCACCAAGCAGUACACCCAGGCCAUCCUCGACAAGCUCCAGUAG